CUCAGCCAUGUUGAAGUGUGGAGGAACUGCAGCCCGCCAUUGUGUGUCUGAUCUGCAACUGUAGCGAGAGAGAGCGAGAGAGAUAGACGGGCGCAAAGAAUAUAAAAACACACACAUUUCCCGUUGACUUUAACCCGUAAACAAACGCGCAGUCUAACACACAGUUUCCGGGGAGAGAGAAAUGUCAGCCAGCAGCCUUCUGGAGCAGAGACCGAAAGGCCAAGCAAACAAAGUGCAAAACGGAGCUGUUUCCCAAAAGGAUACUUUGAACGAUGAUGAGUUCGAGCCUUACCUGAACGCUCAGCCUAGACAGAGCAAUGCCUAUACGGCCAUGUCCGACUCCUACAUGCCCAGUUACUACAGCCCCUCGAUAGGCUUUACCUAUUCGCUGAAUGAAGCAGCAUGGUCUACAGGCGGUGACCCCCCGAUGCCUUACCUGGCCUCUUAUGGACAGCUUAGCAAUGGAGAGCACCACUUUCUCCCAGAUGCCAUGUUCGGCCAGUCUGGGGCACUGGGGAGCAAUCCUUUCCUGGGACAGCACGGCUUCAACUUCUUCCCCAGUGGGAUUGACUUCCCUGCCUGGGGGAACAGCAGCUCUCAGGGACAGUCCACACAGAGCUCAGGUUACAGCAGCAGUUAUGCCUAUGCUCCUAGCACACUAGGAGGUGCUAUGAUCGACGGACAGUCUCCCUUUGCAGCCAAUGAGCCACUCAACAAGGCCGUGGGCAUGAAUAGUUUGGAUCAGGGCAUGGCGGGGCUUAAGAUUGGUGCUGGGGACAUGGCACCCAAAGUUGUUGGUUCUGGACUUCCCGGAGGGCCAUUGAGUCAGGUGUCUGCAGCUCCCACCAUGGCUUCCGCCUCCAUGGCUCCUGCGAAAACUACUUCUUGGGCGGACAUUGCCAGCAAGCCCGCCAAGCCGCAGCCUAAGCUGAAAACCAAGGGGGGACUUGGCGGGACGAGUCUGCCGCCACCUCCCAUCAAACAUAACAUGGAUAUUGGGACUUGGGACAACAAGGGGACUAUGCCUAAACCAGCAGCCCCACAGCAGACUUCAAUGCCCACUAAUGGACAGCCGCCCAAUCAGCCGUCCCCUCAACCAGGUGCUACUGCUGGUGGGAUGCCACAGCUGCCCCUCAGCAAUGGACAGUUAGUGCCUCCCACUGGUCAACUCGGCCAGCAUCCUCUUUCUCCAGGUGGCCAGCCUGGUGCUGUCCCACCUCCACUGUCCCAGGGCCCUCCUGCUACCCAACCCUCCCAGCCGACCCGCUGGGUGCCGCCGCGUAACCGUGCCAAUGGCUUUGGGGAUGCAGCAGGCGGACCUGGCCAAUCCCCUCCAAAUUCAGGAAUGGGUGGUGUUGCUGUGCCAUCAGAGCCCCACCCAGUUCUGGAGAAACUGCGCAUGGUGAACAACUACAAUCCCAAGGACUUUGACUGGAACCCUAAACACGGUCGCAUCUUUAUCAUCAAGAGCUACUCUGAGGACGACAUCCAUCGCUCCAUUAAGUACAAUAUCUGGUGCAGCACAGAACAUGGCAAUAAGCGUCUGGACGCUGCUUACCGGUCGCUGGCCAACAAAGGGCCACUCUACCUGCUCUUCAGCGUGAAUGGUAGCGGGCACUUCUGCGGCGUGGCCGAAAUGCGCUCGCCCGUGGACUACAACACUUGUGCGGGCGUGUGGUCGCAGGACAAGUGGAAGGGCCGCUUUGAUGUGCGUUGGAUCUUUGUGAAGGACGUUCCCAACAGCCAACUGAGGCACAUUCGUCUGGAAAACAAUGAGAAUAAGCCGGUGACCAACUCCCGAGACACACAGGAGGUUCCGCUGGAUAAGGCGCGUCAGGUUUUGAAGAUCAUCGCAAGUUACAAGCACACCACCUCCAUUUUUGACGACUUUUCACACUACGAGAAACGUCAGGAAGAGGAGGAGUGUGUAAAAAAGGUGGAGGUUCAGGGGAGUGACCCAUACUCCAGUAACUCCAGUCGGAGCCACUACAGAAUGCAGGAACGCCAAGGACGUGUGAAGUAACAAGCACUGCUUUGGGCAAAAGACUGACAGGCCCUAUUUCUCUCCCCAAUCUUACCAGAUAUUUUCAGAAAUUAUUUUGGGGAAAGAUUUAACCAAGGAUUCAAAAAGAGGAAAAAAGAAACUAAAUGAAGACUCUUCUUUGAUUUCUGUUGACCUAAAAGACUUACUUCGAACUUGUAGUAAAAGAAAUGACACGAUUAUUCAUAGGACUACAACUUAAUUCUAUAGGAUUCUAAUAGUGAACCCAGUACCCGUUUUUGUUCUACUGCCUCAUUUUCUCCUAAAUUGUUUUUUUUUUUUAGAAAAAAACAUCUGCUUUUACAGUCCAAGCACAUGGCAUUGCUUCUCUCUUACUACAACAGUGACUUUUUUUUUUUUUUUUUUUUUUUCCUCUUAAAUCAUUGGAUUCUAGUGCCCCGGAUCCUGUAUAGGCAGAUUCCCCCCUCAUUUCUCUGUUAACCCUCACCUUCUCUUUAUUGGAGCUGAAACCACCCAGUCAGGAUGUAAAAUGAUCGUCUCAUCCUUAGUGGAUGUUCCAUUGUUGGUUAAUUGGCCACAAAUCAGUACAAGUCUCAUUACCUUCUGAGGGGAAAAAAAGUAGACCAAGUUUCAACCAAGAUUAUAAAAUGGAAGAAAAUGUAAUUCAAAAAAAUCUAAUGAAUGUUCAGGAAUGUCCUGAGUUUUUUCUGUUCCUGUUUUGUUUUUGUUUUUUAUUGUGUUGGUAAUAGAGGGUGUUUGGCAGGGAACGGUAAACAGAGAUGCCGAUUUGUUGAGUUAAGGCUUUUGCUCAUUGGAUCAGUUUUAUAAUGUACAAAAGGGGGCUGUGUUUGAGAGUUGUCAGCUUGUUUUCCAUUUACUUUUUCUUCUGCAAGUUAAAGAUAAAUUUUUGCUAUUGGGCUACUCUCCUCCCAUUUAUUUUUUUUCGUCUUUCUCUUCUGUUUCUUAAGUCUGCAUUGAGGUGGGCCUUGCACCCUCUCUUUCUCAUAAUCAGUUCAUUAAAAAUAAAUGUGAUAUACUCGGCAGAA